AUGAUUACAACCGAAAGACUAAAGAAAGACGAUGAGGAAUCGAUCACUUCCGAGGUUAACGUAGAAGAUGAAGAACAUAUUAAUCCACGAAAUAAUUAUUCGGAAUCAUUUCUGGAGGAUGGACAUGGGAUCGUAUUUGGAUCGCAGGAACAAAAACUUAUAUAUGAUGGAUUAUUAUUAAAAUAUCUAAACGGUGAAAUCAAAUCUCUAAAUGAAGUGUGUCGGCUUGUAAAAGAUCAAUUAGGACUUGAAAUUUCGGCUCCUACUCUGUCACGACGCUUGAGACAUAUUAAUAGAAAUGCUGAAUCAAAUGACGAACAGGAAAGGAAGAGAAAGAUGGGCGUGUUGAAAGGUUUUACGAUAAUGCAGCGUGCCUUGUCGAGUCGUUACAAUGCUUCUUUGCUGACAGUGAUGGAUGACAAAACAAAAGAAAUCCGGCAGUAUGCGUAUAUGAAAAGUUCCGUGGAUGGUCGCAAAGAGUAUUACCGAUGCAACAGAUGUUUGCGAGCGAAACGAAGAAGUGGACCUGGAGCCCAGGCAUCUAUAAUAGUUUACGAUGGUGAAAUAAUUGGCGAUAAACCGCCAGAACAUCACGUUGAUUGUGAACCAGUACCGUAUGAAGAAAUCGCUUCAAUAACUAGUCAACGCGAAAGUCGGGCAUACGAAAGGGAAGAGAACGAACAAGUGCGCCAAGUAUUGAGGAACAGACAACUGCUCUUAAAGCAGACGGAACCGUUAGAACCGCCUCAACUUUCACCGAUGGUAGAGGGUGAUGAGUUGGCAGAAUUUGAUGACGAAUCAACUGGCGCCGGAUUUGUUGAGCCUCAGAGACAAACAGUCGAAGAUAAGAAAAAACGGAUGGAACGAAUUUUAUCCGCCGUUUUGCUUCUUCUUGAUGAACUUGAUGGAGAAAAUUUGCUAACAGUUAUUGAAGAGGCACAGUUUCGUGUUGCAGAAUUACCUAGAAGGUCAUUAUUGAGGUGA